GCACUGCCGGUGAACACAACUGAAAUGACACUUUGCAACUGAAUACCACCAGACGGCAACGACCAGAAGCGUCAAACCGGGUCAAACUAAAUUUGUAUUGAAAAUUUUGUGACGUGCCAAAUUCUAAAAGAAUGUCCACCAAAAGCAGAAACAGCAACGAGCUGUCCCCGUUCGCAUCCUGUUCGUCGGUGGCGCGCGCUCUCGGCGUCCACGGAUAUCAUAUCGGAGCCAAAAUCGGAAAAGGAUCGUUCUCCUCCGUUAGGCUGGCUAAAUGGAUCAGCAAAAAUCAAAAUGUGACAACCCUGGCCUGCAAGGUUAUCGACGUCGGUAAAGGAACCGAGGAAUUCGUUAAAAAGUUUUUUCCCCGGGAACUUAACGUGUUGAUGAAAAUUCGUCAUCCGCACAUCAUCAAGAUCCAUAGCAUUCUCAAGCGGGAACGGAUUGUUUUCAUCUUCAUGGAUUACGCCGAGGGCGGAGAUUUGCUCAAGUUUAUCAACAAGAACGGUCCACUGAAGGAAGUCCAAGCAAAAUUGUGGUUUGCUCAACUGGUCAGUGCUGUCCGGUAUCUACACUCGAUUGACAUAGCCCACCGGGAUCUUAAGUGCGAAAACAUUCUGCUUACUAAGAAAGGGGUCAUUCAGCUGGCAGAUUUUGGAUUUGCACGAGAAUGCGGUGAACAGCAUGGAAACUUUUCGGAGACAUACUGCGGAUCGGCAGCCUACGCCGCCCCGGAGGUGAUACUUGGUAAACCGUAUAACCCGAUGGCGGCGGACGUUUGGUCACUGGGAAUAAUAUUGUUCGUGAUGCUGAGUGCCGCCAUGCCCUUCGACGAUCGGAAUGUCAAAAAACUGGCCGAGGACCAUCAGAACCGCAAUUACCAGUUCGAGGAACCGCUGCUGAAGCAGUUGAGCGCGGCAGUCAUAAGAACGGUUUUCCAGUUGCUAAAUCCUGAUCCCGAUGAACGGGUGCCACUCAAUCGGAUUUUCGACUACAAAUGGAUCGAUGAAAACUCAGCAAAAGAUAGAAGGCGGAAACUGGCGGAUUUGUGUACGAAGAAAAGAAUUGUGGCUGGUUCUACCAAGAUUACUACCGGCUGUCGAUGUUGAAAGUAUCAUUCUGCAUAUAUUUUGAUGGAUUAAGUAAAUUAUAUUUUCAUUAACCGAA